AUGGAGGCGACCAGUUCGACUCCCUGUUCACCGGGAGCCGCCGAUUCGACGUUCGCCAGCGUUAAACAAGAAUCAGGAUCGCGUCCGGGCAGUCCAUUGGAAGCUUCCAGUCCGGGUUCCAUAUCAGUUACAGAGCAACAUUAUGUGGCUGCGGACUCGAACAGUUCCAGCACGACUAAAUCAUUCGUACCUUGCAAAGUGUGCGGAGACAAAGCGUCCGGUUAUCAUUACGGAGUGACUUCUUGCGAAGGAUGCAAGGGAUUCUUCCGGAGGAGCAUCCAAAAACAAAUCGAAUACCGAUGCCUGCGCGACGGCAAAUGCCUGGUGAUCAGAUUGAACCGGAACAGAUGUCAAUAUUGUCGAUUUAAGAAAUGCCUAGCCGUUGGAAUGUCCAGAGACUCCGUUCGAUACGGUAGAGUACCGAAACGGUCGAGAGAACGCAGUACCGACGAGGCGUCGCGCGUGACGACAACCGACGCCGAUCAAUCCGACGUCGAAACCAAACAAUUGGCCGUCUACGAUGUCAUAUUGAGCGUAUCGCAAGCCCAUCACGCCAAUUGCGGGUACACGGAGGAACAAACGCGCAACCUCUCCCGCCAACCGGUCGUCCUGCCGCCUCCCAGCCCCGACUCGGACGCCGACGAAACCGCCUCCUCCUCGGCCGAAUCCACGGAGACCGAACGCCGCCGCUUGUGGCAGCGAUUCGCCGCCAACGUGACGCCGAGCGUCCAGCGCGUCGUCGAAUUCGCCAAACGCGUGCCGGGUUUCUGCGAUUUGGGCCAGGACGAUCAGUUGAUACUGAUCAAGAUCGGUUUCUUCGAGAUUUGGCUCGCCCACGUCGCUCGAUUGACCACGCACGCCUCGUUGACGUUCGACGACGGCACGUCGGUGAGUCGGAGGCAGAUGGAGAUCAUGUACGAUAACGAAUUCACGUCGUCGGUGAUCCAUUUCGCGACGAGUUUCAACGCGUUGUCGUUGAACGAUACGGAGGUGGGGCUGUUUUCGGCGGUGGUGCUGCUGACGGCCGAUCGACCUGGAGUCACCGACGUCAAGACGAUAGAACACCAUCAGGAUAAGUUGAUCGAGGCGCUGAAAGUGCAGGUGGGUAGGAACCACGCGAACGAGCCGCAGAUAUUCUCGAGUUUGCUGAUGAAGCUGCCCGAAUUGAGGAGUUUAGGGGCGAAGCACACGGCCCAUUUGGAUUGGUAUAGGAUGAAUUGGACGAAGUUGACGUUGCCGCCGUUGUUUGCGGAGAUUUUCGACAUUCCCAAAUCCGAGGACGAUCUCCAGUGA